AAGAAUAUUUGACAAAUAAGGGAUAGAUCGGGAGAUAUCGUCAAAUAAGAAGGCGAAGGAGAGUAUAAUCUCAUUUUAGCGUGAUUAGAUGUAAAAUGUUGUUUUUGUGAUACGAAUACCUCGGCGCGUCGGGUGUGUGGAGCGAAGGAAUAUCGCUUGUUUUGAUUUGCAAAUUUCACGGAUAUAGACUACUGAAGUAAAUAAAUAUUGAGGAAAUGGCGACAGGAAUAGUGAGCAACCAACGGAAUGCCUCUGGUUUCAAGAAACAAAAUCUUCCCAACAUCGAGCACCCCAUGUCUCGACUUGGGGACCGAAAAUCAAUGAAUGUUACUGGAUCCAAUCGUCCAGAUUCCGUGAUGAGCCCUCGGCCCCGUCAGAACUCCAGCGGGAGAGAGGCGAGGACUCCGCCUCUAGCUCAGGCAGGUCGAGCAUCUGUCGUCGGUCUACAUGCAUGGGAUGAGCCAGACCAUAAUCUACCUCCUUUGCAGAAGGAUGGAGGGAAGGAAAAUAAACGAUCUAAGAAGCAAAAACAUUCAAGAAUGAUGACAUGGCCUCCAGCACACGAGCAGGGGCCGGGAGAAAGACGAGCUAAGUCAGCCAAGGUACCGAGCAGUGCUGAAUUUCUCACGAAAUACUCAAGAGAUCCAGAUGAGCUGAUUCAGGUUCUACGGGUCAAACUUGUCUCAGGUUUCCAUGGCCUUCGUCAGAUGUUCAAAGGUCACGACCCUCAGGGCAAAGGUCGCGUGUCAAAGAGUGCAAUGGGUCAGAUUCUCUACCCUCUUAUUGGUUACAUCACUCAUGAAGACGUAGCACGGCUUUUGCACAGACUUGGGCUGGAGAAAGAUGACACUCUUACGUUUGAUGAUUUUAUUGCCUGCUUUAGAGAUACAGAGGUCGUUCAGCGGGAGUGGUUGAGUCCCGUUGCGAAAAAGAGAGUGGCGGCCGAGAGGCGUAAGUUACAUCCCGAGGAGCACCUCAGAGAUAAAGACAGGGCUCUUCCUCAUCAGAAAUGUACUGCAGUAUACGGGAAUGCAUUGCUGAAAGAGAAAUGCAAGCACAGUGAUUUUGACAUUAGGAAGUACCUUGCACCAGCCUGCUUUGAACCAGGAGGAACAGUUCUCGGUCUUCAGCUCCAAGAAUGUUUGGCUCUCUUAGGAGGGCAUCUUGAUGAGGAGGAGAUGACAAAAUUAUGGUCUAGGUAUGACAUUGAGAAUACAGGAGCCUUAGAUAGUGCAUGGUUCUUCAUACAACUUGGAUUAGAUGGCAAUGGUCGCUAUAACCCACGAGCUAGAACAGCGCCCCCAUCAAGACGGCAGAAGUACUCUCAGUUGCCUUUAACGCCAAGGAUCCAAGAGGAAGAAGAGUUGGACUUUCCUGAAUCACCAAGGAUCCCAACACCGCCCUCUAAUGGCAGACAGUCGAACAGUCGCAUGGGUCCUGCAAGAGCACUGUCAGCUGAUGUCGUCAGUUUCAUCAUAAGAAAACUGGAGCAACCCUUCGACAAACUAAUGUCUUCAUUCCAGAUGGCGGAUAACACAGGGAAUGGUCUCCUUGGUAUAGAACAGUUUAAGAAGGUUCUGUGUGACUAUGGCAUCAAGAUGCAGUACGUAGAUGCAGAGAUGAUGAUGGAAAGAUGUGGCUUGAGGAGAAAAGAUGGUCGAGUGAUGUACAGGGACUUUCUUCUCAAGUAUAUGAUGAGAUCAGCUAAUGGUAUUGCUCAUAGAAUCAUUAUGGACUCGAAGCACAAGUUCAAUACUCGACUGAACACCCCUCAGGGUUAUCUCUGUGUGGAUGAAGCAGAAGCCAAGCUGGUAGAACUCAUCCAUAAAGACUUCCUCAGUCUACUAGGAAUGUUCAAAUCCCUUGAUGUUUACAAUCUAGGACUUCUCACCCAGCGAGAUUUCAAAGACACCGUAGAGAAGGUGUUCAACAUUCGCAUGAGCAAAGACCAGUUCAAUGAGAUCCUCUAUGAGUAUGGCCAGGAAGAUGGACUGGUUCUGUACUCACAAUUUCUUACUGUCUUCAACAGGAGGAGGUUUAUUCCAUUUCAAACCCAGCCCAAAGUUCAGAACAAUCAGCACGAGACCAGUCCACCUGACAUCUACCGGGUCCAGGAAUCACCAGAUGAAGAGGACCAGGAGGACGAGAUGGGGGCAUGGCUUGCUCAGUCAGCAGCCAAUCAGGAGGAAGCUAUGGAGACAUCCAAGCCUGUGAAUGGUGGAGGCAAAACUAAGAAGAUGGAGGGCAGAUAUAAACCUGUGUCUGAGAUUGCAGCAGAGGUUGAGGUCCAGCUGAAGAAGAAAGGGUACACGGUUCAAGACUCGUACAACAGACUAGAUCCCAAGUACACCGGUCGACUCUCAAAGACACAAUUCUAUAAAUGGUUAUCAGAUAUGGGAAUAGCUCUUCAUCCUUCUGAGCUCCAGGAGCUAUGGAAAGCCAUGGAUAUCGCUCGGGAUGGUCUAGUCCAUUAUGCUGAGCUCUUUGAUUUCUUCCUGCAUCGAACAAAGAGACAACCAAUUGCAGAUAAGGAAGCAUCUCUAAGAAGAGCCAAGGCCGGUAACCAACCUCCGCCAGUCAGGAAUAGCUCUGAGAUGAAGGAGAUGAUGGAACUCUACAAGAUACCCGUCUCAACGGUGGUAGAGAAAAUCAGACCAGAUGUUGUCAGUAACUGGAAUGGUCUAAAGGAAAGGCUGAAAUCUCUGGAUCCACAGGGCUAUGCUACUAUCUCCACUCCAGAUUUUCAGAGACUGGCACAAAGGUUUCAGUUCCGAUUAACGCCAAGAGAGCUUGAGAGAUUAACUAUGAGUUUUGAUCAUCAUCAAACAGGAAACUUCCAUUACAUAGACUUCCUGCGUCUGUUUUCUGAGAGCAAGAAGCCAGCGCAGCAGGGUGGGCAGGCAUACCAUAGAAACUUCCAUAAGAUAACGCACCAGACAUUGAAGGGCCCAGAAGAAGUGACAGUGACAGACACAUUUGAUAAGAUUAGCAGAAAGAUCCUCGGUGAUUGGCGAAGCAUACGACGUGCCUUCAAGAAAGCUGACCUUAACGGGGAUGGUCACCUGAGCAUACCAGAGUUCAGACGUAUCCUGGCCAACAUGAAGGUCAACAUAGCAGAGGAAGAUUUCUACCACAUUGUCAGUGAGGUGGACGAAAACAUGGAUGGGAAUAUAUCAUAUGAGGAGUUUCUUGCACAGCUUAUGCCGAGAUGAAAAUACUUUUAUGUAAUGUAGGAAACGAUCAAAGAGAGAGAGGUAACAGUGCUUCCUUGUUUAAAGCCUGUCUGCACUAGUUUGACCAGGAGGGAUUAGAUGUCCCUGCAUGGUCACUGA